AUGGCUAAAAGCUUGGAACAAGCACUUCUAAGAAUAUCCGAGUUGGAGGAAAAGAUAGAAAACCAGCAGAUAAUAAUCGACGCUCUUGUGGCUCGUAUGAAAAAAAUGGCAGGAAGCGAUACGAGUAUAGCUUUGGAGAAAUGUUGCAAGGAGCAGGAGGAAUGUAAUCCUAGAAAGGAAAUUUCCCAGGAUAUGGUACGCCUUGAAUUUAGAAAAGAAGAAGGUAAAAAGGACCGAAAGGAUGGUCUGUCUUUUGAGGAGGAGAUUGAGGACUUGUUUAGACGGGAUAAGGUUCCCAAACAAUUCAAAGAUACAUUUACAAUUGAGGCUCUUAUAUCUUACUCCAAAGAAUCGCACAGCUUUUCAUUAAAUAGUAGAGUGGAUGUGAAGAUGAAGAAAUCAUUCCAUACAAAUGUUAAGCAGCAGAUUGACAAGAUUUCAAGACACAUUAUGGUGAAUCUAAAUACAUACGACCUCAACACUAUCUGUUCAACACUCAAUCUGAUUUCGGGAGACCUUGAGUAUCAGCAUAAGCUGGUGACUGCUCAUGACAUCAUCCUUUUCAUUGAUGACUUUUCAAGGAUACCGUUCAUUAUUUCCGCCUUAUUCAACAACCAGGGAAUCCGUAACGACGUGUUAGGGGAGACCAUAAAGGAAAUCCUGCUUCACCAAUGCAUGGUUGAUAGCGAUAUACAUAAAAAUCAUCCCCAUAUUGUAAGCUAUUAUAACAAGAUAGUCAGUAAUUUCGAACUCCAUCCGAAAGAAAAGUCCUUGAAGGACAUAUGUGCCAACCUAGUUGUAAGUUUCGAUGUCUUCGAGAAUGGAGCUUUCAAUCCGAUGAUAUUUCCAAGUAUGUAUUCUGUAAGGGCCCUAUGCCAUUAUAUGGACUGGGACUAUGCAUAUAACGAGUUCAUAUGCACAGUGCUCUACCCGAGGCUGAGGGAAACUCGCGAUCCCCUGUGUGCUAUCUACAUGUCUACUGUAGCAUUGAAUGCGAUGAGAGUAUUUGGAGCCAUUGAAAGUGUAGAGCUUGUAUUUGAAAAACUCAAAGAGUUUAUGAAUGAUGCCUCGGACCUAUCCAUAACCAUCUAUCUAUUUAUUAAGCAAAUCGAUCCCCAGAGAGCCAAUGUGUGGUAUGAAUCACAGGUGGAGAGGAUAAACCAUGUCGAUGGAGAAUAUUUGAAAAAUCUCCUAUUGUAUUAA